UUCUACUCUUCUUUUAUAUAUGUAUUUUGGCUUAUUCUAAGUACUGUUUCCUCUCAUUUUCAUCAUCUGGGUUUGCUUUGUUAUAUUCUUAUACCUAUUAUUUAUGCUAUUUUCUUAAGAAUCUCUGAUAGACUAUAAAUAAAUAGAAAAUAAAUAAAGAACAGUGCUGUUUUCCAUAGUAUCUAUGGUGGGUCAUAUUUAUCAUUUUUUGAUAUUAUUUGUAUGUGGCCACAAGAAAGAGCAAGGACAGUGCUGAUUUUAAAAUUCAUGGUGGGGGGCUUUGCAGCAAAGAACGGUUUUUUAUUAGUAAUGAGAGAUAUAUUUAUUAGUAAUGAGGACAAAGAUCCGAACAAACGAACACAAACAUAAAAGGUAAAGAUGAAUUGAUCGGUCUUACGUUUUCUUGGUCGAAAUCCUUUUAUGUUAUGAAUUACUUUGAUUUAUUAGCCAUAGCAGCGAGGGGGUGUGCGGUUGGAAGUUGCUCAGAGAUGAUUGUUGAAAGAGUUUCAUCGUCUUGGCACAGCAUAUGAAUUCGUAAAUUAAACAGAUAAGAAGAGGGUUGUCUGAAGCUGUGGAUGAGAUAAGAUGGAAUGAAAAUUAUUUUCAGGAUUCAUGAGAGAUGAGACUCACGUAACCGUGUAAAGUGGAUGUGGGAAGACAGAGACGAUAGAUUUGGCAUAUGGUGAUUACAAUGGUGGGACGCGAAUAAUGGUGUUGAGGCUGGUUUUCUGUAGAUCCAGCAUCAACGUUUCAACCAUAAAGACAAUUAUAAAAAAGUUGGAAAAUUGGCAUAUUUGGCUGGGAGGAGAGGCGAAACGAGGAGAAGGGAACCCGGUACCGAGAGGUGCUGUAAUUUGUAAAGUCAGCUGUGUUUUCUCGAGAUGCUCUGGGUUGAGAGCUUUUCCUUGUCAAGGGCUUUGGUCAUUUUUUUUUUUUUUUUUUUUUGGGCUUAGUAAGCUGCAUUAAUUUAAAAAAAACAUAUAAAAGUGCCAAGUCUUUAGUUACUUUACUCUAAAGAGGAGGAUGCUUCUCACCAUAGAAAUUGAACGUUUGGCCCUCGGGUAUCUUGACGAGGGGGGUAUGCAGUCUAUUGCCAUACACUCGGAGUUUUUCUUGAUUGAUGGGCACUGCCCCAAAAACCGCAAUUGUAUCUUCUACAAGGGCAAAUCUUUUCAGCCUGUGACGGUGUCAGAUAACGAGGAAAAGGAGAAGAUAGAAAAAAGUGCGUUGGACUUUGAUCUGAGAGAUAUCCAUUAUUUAAUUUUAUGUCUACACUGUUAAGUACGUAUUAGAUAUCAUAAUAUCUUUGGAAUGUCAGGCAAGGUCAUAGGCUAUGUAGGCCUGUGAAGUCUGGAUCAAAGGGGAGAAAGACAGAGAAAUUGCUUUUUGUUCAUGGGUCUUUAUUACCAUAGCCUAAAAGGGUGUUUUCUUUUUAGACUCUAGUCGAAAAGGCCUGAACUUUGAUGAGUUCUUUUUGUUACGUCCUUAGUACUCUGGAGGAAUUCAUGUCAAUGACAGCAACGCUGUACUAUUUGGCUUUUAUUGGGUUUUGAAUCUCAUCCUUGGUACUAGGAGUAAUUUCAUCAGCUGGACUCGUUGUGAAUGUGAUCAAAGUUGUCUGCCUUGCAGCUGCAUUUUGCAUGGUAUUUGAAUGGUUCUUUUUCCUUCUUUCUUUCUUUCUUUCUUUAAAGUCUCCAACUUCCCUUAUCUUUACAAGAUUGUCUUUAUCUAUUCACACUUCGGCUAUUCCCAUCUUUCCAGCUUCUGCAUGAAGUAAAGAAAGUAAAUAGUGAAGUGGUUGGCGGUUGAACAGGGAAGGGCGGAGGAAGCUUGAGCUUGUGGGAAGGAGUAGACAAUGGCAUCGGCUUCUUGUGCCAGGAGUCCAUUGCCCAUGAAAGAAGCAUCCUCUAACUAUUCCCCUUACCCUCAACCUCUCGCAAAAUAUGACGAUGUUGCAGCCAGUCCUAAGCUCUUCGUGGAUACUUUGGAGAAACUUCAUGCUUCCAUGGGGACUAAGUUCAUGAUUCCCAUCAUUGGAGGUAAAGAGCUAGAUUUGCAUCGACUUUUUGUGGAGGUAACUUCUCGUGGGGGUAUUGAAAGGAUUAUUAGGGAGAGAAGAUGGAAAGAAGUGACUGCUGUUUUCAACUUCCCUUCAACGGCUACAAAUGCGUCUUUUGUGCUGCGAAAGUACUAUGUUUCAUUACUUCACCACUAUGAGCAAAUAUAUUUCUUUAAGGCUCGGGGAUGGGUUCCUAUGUCUAAUGAUUGUUUGAUGAGCCCACCCAGAACUCCAGUUCCAGCAUCAAGAACAGAAUCCUUGCAGGCAACACCAGAAAUCCAAGCAGAAAAAAGAAUAAAUACUGCAGAAUUGGCAGGAGCAACAGCAGCUUCAACUGUGGUAGGGGUCAUCGAUGGGAAAUUCGAAAGUGGGUACCUUGUUACUGUCACAAUAGGUUCAAAGAAGCUUAAAGGUGUCCUUUAUCAUGCACCACAGAACACCGUGCAGAAAUUGCCACAGAACUAUGGUGUCUUUGCUAGCAAAAAUGACAGUGCUUCUGCUGUACCGGGAACCCAUCGACGCCGCCGCAGGAAGAAAUCUGAAAUAAAAAGGAGGGACCCGGCUCAUCCAAAACCUAACAGAAGCGGCUAUAAUUUCUUCUUUGCAGAGCAGCACGCAAGACUGAAACCACUGCAUCCAGGGAAGGACAGAGAGAUUAGUAGAAUGAUUGGUGAACUGUGGAACAAGUUAAAAGAGUCUGAAAAGGCUGUUUAUCAGGAGAAAGCUUUUAAAGAUAAAGAAAGAUAUAGAUCAGAAAUGGAGGAAUACAAGGAGAGAUUAAGGACUGGUCAAGUCAUCAGUGAUGCAGUGCCACUGCAACAGCGGCUUCCUGGACAGGAUGUGGUAAAUACACCUGACAAUGCGGAGAUUGAAGAUAAUGAGGAAGGGGAGUCUCCUCAUACACCUGACAAUGCGAGCUCAGAUAAUUGAUUCUGAAUAUGAUAAAGCGGGAUAUAUCUCUAGAAGUAAGAGUAGGUGCUGAAGCUAGUAAUGUGAAUAAGGAGACCUUGCCUGAGGAGAGAGGAUUUUGAACUACAGAAGAUGUUGAAGACGAUAACUUUGAGAAGGUUGGUGAAGAAAUCGUUGGAUUCUGAGGCUUAAAAAGAAACAGAGUACCGAGUGAAGAACAUUGAAGUAGUUCCACGCAAGUUAUAACUUAUGAAUGACUUUUGGUAUCUAAGUGGGAAAAAAACUUAGGCUAUACAUUUUAUCAGAGACUCCCGCUACCUAACAAAGAUUGAAGUCUUUUUUCUACCCAAAAUAGGUUUGUGUUUCUUUAUCCAGUCGGCUUUUCCUUAAACCGUAGAUGAAUUCAGAAACUCUUAACUUUCAUCCCUUUUUACAGCGUUAGUUUCUUCUAUCUGUAAAUUGUGUCAACUCAGUUACCUUCGGAUAGAGAGAGUUUGAGGCUUUGGCUGACUACACGGUACACAGGCAGUUUUGUAGCAAAUGAGAAUUUUGAUGCAGUUCUUGAGCUAAGUAUUUGGUUUGUCUUCUAGUUCUGAUACUUGAUGCCUUCUAGGAGGCAUAUACAUCAUUAGUAUAUUACAGCACCGUCUGUUCGAGUUGGGGUAUGUAAACGGCAGAUGCAUGUUACA